UGCCUUGCAUUCACCGGCCAAGAGCCUCUACAGGUACUCCAUACGCGUUAUACGUCUGCAUUCACACUCACUGCAAGGUGUGAUGCGCUUAUAGAGCAACAUGGGAUAUUACUUCUCGUCUAUCAGCGGCGAAUCACUGCCACUCAUGGAGCGAUUGUAUUCCAGCGUCAGGAAUUUUCGCUCCCUCAAAUAUAGACUACCAGUGUUAUUUUUUAACGAUAUUCAACGACUCAACUACGGCGUUUGGGAAAUUAGGCAUGGUACAUGGGAGACGGAUGGUUUCUGCGGUUUCUGCGGUUUCUGCUUAGCUGGGUGCUCUUCUUUUUUCUUUUCUUUCCGUUCCCCUUCCCCCUCACACCCUCAUAGCCUGUACCAUUGUCAUUUUAGUCGAUUUCCCAGUGUUGUAUGUAUACGGACCCCUUUGUUAAGUUCAGCAUAUGGCUACAGCAUGCACUCGCUUAGAAUACGAGGAUCCACGAUACAUACAAAGUGCAUCCCUAGGAGGCAAUACUAGAUGAUGGGAGCUUGAAGCCCCUUUCUCCCCCCUCGAUUUAUCUUGGUAGUUUGAGGCGUUAAUGUACAGAAUAUUUACGAUGUAACACACCUGUGCAAAUGUUAUAGUAGCGCCUGUGAAAUGUGCAUGAAGGGUCCUCUGCAUCGUACCUAGGACUUUGCCAGACUUAAACGAUGGACUCAAAACUAUGAGAAACGAU